GGUUGGGUUUCUCCGGGUGUCGCUGUACCUUGUGGGUCUCUGCAUCCACUCAGCUCGUCCUCUGAACAUACAUUUGAAUCGCGUCAUGCACGGGCGUGCUGGAUCGGUAUGUAUUGUGAAUCAUCACUGUGAGCAUUUGUGUUGGAGUUGCCAGGUGCCACAACGUGUGUGCAUUUCCCUUGGUGCUGGGCGAUUGGGGGCUGCUAUAGGUAUGUCCCUAAGUGUUGUGUGUCUGCACGUAUCGGGUUUCAUUCCAAGGGUGUAUAGUGUUUACGAGACUGAAGACUGCACAGUGGUAACGUAGGUGCAUGGUAUGUGGCGUCACAUAUGUUGUGUGCUUGUGUAACAUUUGGUGUAUGUUGUCUUUGUGUGGCCACAGAUGUGCAUCAUCCGAUUUGUGCUGUUUGGAUGUGUGUCAGAGUAAGUUGUGGGCUGGGCACAGUGGCUCACACCUGUAAUCCCAGCACUUUGGGAGGCCUAGGCAGGCAGAUCACCUGAGGUCAGGAGUUCGAGACCAGCCUGACCAAUAUGGUGAAACCUGGUGUCUACUAAACAUACAAAACUUGGCCGGUUGUGGUCAUGGGCACCUGUAGUCCCAGCUACUUGGGAGGCUGAGGAGGGAGAAUCGCUUGAACCCGGGAGGCGGAGGUUGCAGUGAGCCGAGAUCACACCACUGCACUCCAGCCUGGGUGACAGUGUGAGACUCCGUCUGAAAAAAAAGAAAAAGAGUUUGACAACUUUGACUGUAAUAUUUGUGCCUGUCUGUGGACGGUGUUUGGGUGGCUGUGUGCGCCGAGGGAUGCUGCCUGCCUUGCUGAGGGGUGGUGUGUGUCACACCAUGUGUGUGGUGUCUGGGUGUGGCUGUGGGUUUCGGAGCUCUCUGGGAGUUGUGAGUCACUCUAUGUAGGUUGUGUUGUGUGCCAUGGUGUGUUAGUCUCCGUCUUGGGCGGUGAAAUGGCCUGCAGUGUCUGGAUGUGGUGAGUGGAGGUGUGUGUCACAAGGUACAGACCGUUGUGUGUGACAAAACCCAAUGUGUGUUGGUGUGUGUCUUUCUCCACGUGGAUAGAUGUCUCUUCUUCGCUCUGCCCCAAGACACACCCCUGCCCCUCCUUAGUCUCGAAAGGGGGGGCUGGGGAGCCUCCCCCUACCCCAGGCCUCCUCUGCCCCUCCCCGCCCUGCCUGGCCGUCACCACUCCCCAGAGGGCACAGGGCUCUGCUGUGCCUCAGAGCAAAAGUCCCGGAGCCAGCAGAGCAGGCUGACGACCUGCAAGCCACAGUGGCUGCCCUGUGCAUGCUGCGAGGUGGGGGACCCUGGGCAGGAAGCUGGCUGAGCCCCAAGACCCCGGGGGCCAUGGGCGGGGAUCUGGUGCUUGGCCUGGGGGCCCUGAGGCGCCGAAAGCACUUGCUGGAGCAGGAGAAGUCUCUGGCCGGCUGGGCACUGGCGCUGGCGGGAAUUGGCAUCGGACUCAUGGUGUUGCAUGCAGAGAUGCUGUGGUUCGGGGGGUGCUCGUGGGCGCUCUACCUGUUCCUGGUUAAAUGCAUCAUCAGCAUUUCCACCUUCUUACUCCUCUGCCUCAUCCUGGCCUUCCACGCCAAAGAGGUCCAGCUGUUCAUGACCGACAACGGGCUGCGGGACUGGCGCGUGGCGCUGACCGGGCGGCAGGCGGCGCAGAUCCUGCUGGAGCUGGCGGUGUGCGGGCUGCACCCGGCGCCUGUGGGGGGCCCGCCGUGCGCGCAGGGUUCAGGGUCGCCGCUGACCUCGCUGCAGCCCUGGCCGGGAUUCCUGAGCCAGGGGGAAGCGCUGCUGUCGCUGGCCAUGCUGCUGCGCCUCUACCUGGUGCCCCGCGCCGUGCUCCUGCGCAGCGGCGUCCUGCUCAACGCCUCCUACCGCAGCAUCGGCGCUCUCAACCAGGUCCGCUUCCGCCACUGGUUCGUGGCCAAGCUUUACAUGAACACGCACCCCGGCCGCCUGCUGCUCGGCCUCACGCUCGGCCUCUGGCUGACCACCGCCUGGGUGCUGUCCGUGGCUGAGAGGCAGGCUGUUAACGCCACCGGGCACCUCUCCGACACACUGUGGCUGAUCCCCAUCACAUUCCUGACCAUUGGCUAUGGUGACGUGGUGCCAGGCACCAUGUGGGGCAAGAUCGUCUGCCUCUGCACUGGAGUCAUGGGGGUCUGCUGCACAGCACUGCUGGUGGCUGUGGUGGCCCGGAAGCUGGAGUUCAACAAGGCGGAGAAGCAUGUGCACAACUUCAUGAUGGAUAUCCAGUAUGCCAAAGAGAUGAAGGAGUCCGCUGCCCGAGUGCUGCAAGAAGCCUGGAGGUUCUACAAACAUACUCGCAGGAAGGAGUCCCGAGCCGCCCGCAGGCAUCAGCGCAGGCUGCUGGCUGCCAUCAACGCGUUCCGCCAGGUGCGGCUGAAACACAGGAAGCUCCGGGAACAAGUGAACUCCAUGGUGGACAUCUCCAAGAUGCAGAUGAUCCUGUAUGACCUGCAGCUGAAUCUGAGCAGCUCACACCGGGCCCUAGAGAAACAGAUUGACACGCUGUCGGGGAAGCUAGAUACCCUGACCGAGCUGCUCAGCACAGCCUUGGGGCCGCGGCAGCUUCCAGAACCCAGUCAGGAGACCACGUAGCUGGACCCAGGGAGGAGGAAUCAGGCUACUUUCCCCAGGACUGAGGUGAUGGACACCCUCUCUGCCACUCCGGACCAGCCCUGAACAAAGUACCUCAAGUGCAAAGAGCAAAUGGGGCCCUGGCUUGGAGUGGGUUGGCUCGCUGACGGCUGCUGGAGGGGACGCUGGCUGAAGUGGGGAGGCCCUGGCCCACCCGAGACCCUAGGUGGGAACAUGGUCACCACCACUCUGCACACCCUCAUCAAAAACACUCUCACUAUGCUGCUAUGGACAACCUCCAGCUCUCGGUUACAAGUGGAGGUGCCUGGAGGCCGGACUCCUGGGUCUCUGGGGAAGAGGGCACUGGGGGCCUGGAUCCUGGAUUCUGGGAGGCUUCAGUUACCGCUGGCGGAGCUGAAGCACUGGGUUUGAGGCUGGGGUGGGACAGGAGGUGGCACACCCUGGCGGAACAACAAAGAGGACACCAUUUUCCCAGAGCUGCAGAGAACACCUGGUGGGGGAGGAAGAAGUGUAACUCACCAGCCUCUGCUCUUAUCUUUGUAAUAAAUGUUAAACAAAGCCAGAA